UUUUUUUUUUCUCUCUUGUCAAUACUUUUUUUUUUUUUUUUGUCAUAAUGUGUAAACACAUUCUUAAUGCACAGGUAGCUAUUCGUGCCCCUUGUUGUAAAAGAUGGUUUGAUUGUGCUGAAUGUCAUGCUGCCGUGACUGAUCAUCCCUUGAGAAAGACGGAUGAAAUGGUCUUUGCCUGUAAAAAAUGUAAAAAGGCCUUUCGCAAGGACAUGACUGAUUAUGAGGAAGAGGAUGAGUUUUGCCCUCAUUGCGAUAACCAAUAUGUGAUUAAUGCAGUUACGCCUGAAGCUAGAAUUGGUAUUGAGACUGAAGAUAUUCGUGUAGAUAACAGAGUGGUGAAGGAUGAUCGCUUCAGGGUGAAAACCGAGCAAAUUAACAAUAUCUUUGAUAUUGAUGGAUCGCACAUGUUGGGUUAAAUAGCAAUACCUCCUCCACACACACACACACACACACGGGAAACAAACAAAAAAACUCGUGCUAAUUAUAUAUAUAUAUAUAAGAAAGAGAGGGAUUCGUUGGUUAAAAAAUAAAUAUACAUAUACAGAGAAGAAAAAAAAAAAAAAG